AUGAGCAAAAAGAACGGAUUUUCUCUUGUAUCCCUUGUGGGUAGCAACCAAGGGGAUUGUGGUUACUGUCAUCAAAAAGACACGUCUCACACAUUUGGAAUUUGGGCUCAUGUCCUUACAUGCGAGGAUUAUCAAACACUAAUUGAUCAUGGAUGGAGAAGGUCAGGCCACUAUUUGUACAAACCAAAUCUCGAACGUAGUUGCUGUCCACAAUACACCAUAAGAUUGAAUGCUGUAGAAUACAAACAAACCAAAUCUCAGCGUAAAGUGGUCAAUAAACUCAACCGGUUUCUGGAAGGAGAUUGGGCUCCAAAAGAUACCAAUUCAAUGGAUACAACCUCUGAGAGUGAUCAAAAGAAAGCAAGCAAAAAUCAUGCAAAAGAACCCAGCCAAAAACACACCCUUGAAGUUUUACUUGAACCAAGCUCGUUUACAAAAGAAAAGUACGAUCUUUACUGCAAAUACCAAACUGAGAUACACAAGGAUGAGCCAAGUGAACUAAAACCUGAAUCAUUUAAACGAUUCUUGGUAGAAUCGCCAUUGAGGGAGGAACCUUUUGAAGACAGUAAACCUGGCCAAGGUUUUGGAUCAUUCCACCAAAAGUACAUUCUUGACGGAAAACUCAUCGCUGUUGCGGUCUUGGAUAUCUUACCCAAAUGUGUCUCCUCAGUCUACUUCUUUUAUGACCCUCAAUAUGCUUUCCUUGCUUUGGGUAAAUACAGUGCUCUCAAGGAAAUUAGCCUUGUCCAGGAUUUCCAAAAGACGGUUUCAAGUGAACUCAAGUGGUAUUAUAUGGGAUUCUAUAUUCACACAUGUCCAAAGAUGAAUUACAAAGGACAAUUUCAGCCUUCAGAUCUACUGGACCCAAAACUCUAUACCUGGUUUCCAAUUCAGGAAUGCCAAAAGAGACUCGACAAACACCGGUUUGUGGUCUUCUCGGACCCAGAUGAGCACACGCCCGGAGAUACCCCUCCUGGCUGGCUAGAUGUAAAAAGCCUGAAAGACAGUGACCUGAAGAAUGUACAUGUUCUGUCUGAUAAGGGUCAGUUGGCUCCAGUCACAGCAUCAAUUCUGUGGAAAAGAUCGUUGAAGUUUAGACAAAACAUAAAAGAAUAUGUGGCGGCAGUAGGUCACACCAUGGCAAAGCGCCUUCUUAUUUGCUAG